GGUGAUGCUUACGUGACGGGCGAAGCACGUUAGCGCAGCGUUUGCUUCCGUUUGAGAAUCCUCGCCGGUCCGGUCCGUGUAGCAGGCUGUCCAGCACCAUGUUCAGAGCCGCCGUCCGACUCUCGGUCUCCGGUGUCCGGAGUUUAACCCGCACGCAACCACGGUGCCAAGCUGUUUUGGCCUCAAGGUGUUACUCACAUGGCAAGCAGGAGACGGAUGAGGAGUUUGAUGCCCGCUGGGUCACCUAUUUUAACAAGCCAGACAUUGACGCAUGGGAGCUGAGAAAAGGGAUGAACACAUUGAUUGGGUAUGAUCUGGUACCUGAGCCAAAGAUUCUUGAGGCAGCACUGAGAGCCUGUCGGAGGUUAAAUGACUUGGCCAGCGCUAUCCGAAUUCUGGAAGCUGUGAAGGACAAAGCUGGCCCUCAUAAAGAUAUCUACCCGUAUGUGAUCCAAGAGCUGAGGCCAACAUUAGACGAGCUCGGCAUCUCUACACCCGAAGAGCUCGGCAUCGACAAAGCAUAGAGAAAUCUAACAAGGAUUGAUAUCCCCCGGACACAGAGACAUUGUACUUAAAUGUUUGCCUCAUGUAAUACGUGCUAUAUUUAAUUUGACCUUUAUUAAGUUCUGUUGCUUGUAAAAUAUUGAUGAACCUAAUAAAGGAAAAUGUAUCUUUAA